GGGCGCCACACAAUAGCCAUUCUCCAGUCUGCCACUGUUCUUCGGUGUCCCUGCCAGUGCUCAUCCCUUCACUGCAGCCAUGUCAGAUGUAGAAGAAGAAUAUGAGGAGGAGCAGACAGAAGAAAAUGAAGAGGAGCCUGAGGAGCAAGAGGCAGAAGAGCAAGACAUCCUGGAGGAAGAGCCAGAUGCCCAGGAUGAUGAGCUUGAUGCCCUGGAAGAAGAACAAGAAGACCAGGUAGAAGAGCGAGAAGACCAGGUAGAAGAACAAGCCAUCCAUGAAGAUGGUGAUGAAGACGCACAUGCGGAAGAUCAAGAUGCACAGGAGGAAGAAGAGGAGCGCCCCAGACCCAAACCUUUGGUUCCCAAUCUGGCCCCUCCGAAGAUUCCAGAAGGAGAGAGAGUGGAUUUUGAUGACAUCCACAGGAAGCGAAUGGAGAAAGAUCUGCUGGAGCUGCAGACGCUCAUAGAAGCGCACUUUGAGCAGAGGAAGAAGGAUGAGGAGGAGCUCAUUGGACUCAAGGACCGGAUUGAGAAUCGCCGGUCAGAAAGAGCUGAGAUUCAACGGGUGCGGGCAGAGAAAGAGAAGGAUCGGCAAAAUAGGAUUGCUGAGGAGCGUCACAGAAAAGAGGAAGAGGAGGCCAAGAAAAAGGCAGAUGAUGACGCCAAGAAGAAGAAAGUGUUGUCUGGAAUGUCCAACUUUGGGGGCUUUCUGGCAAAGGCUGAGCUGAGGAAGGGCAAGCGUCUGACAGGAAGAGAGAUCAAGAAGAAGACUUUGGCUGAGAGACGACAGCCACUAGGCAUCGACAACAUGAGAGAGGAUGCACUCAGGCAAAAAGCUCAGGAAAUGUGGGAUUGGAUUUAUCAAUUGGAAUCUGAGAAAUUUGACUACAUGGAACACAUGAAGCAUCAGAAAUAUGAGAUUGUGGUGCUGCUGAACAGAAUCCAACAUGCCCAGAAGUUCAAAAAGGUCCAUGGCAAAGGGAAGGUGGGCGGUCGCUGGAAGUAGACUACCGCACAGAGGAGAAUGACUCCAGUUAAAUGCCAUCAAAGACUACUGGAAAUAACAGCUUAUGGUAGAUAUUUGUGACGUUUCAUAGUAAUAAAUAAUAUGUAAUAAACAAA